CUGCUUGAGGUUGUGAUGCACUAUAUGCUGCAACUGCAUCUUUAGCAGAUUUCAUCGACUUUGCAGCCCCUGGAACCAGCUGAGGUUCUCCUGACUUGUCCUAUGUUGGGAUGGAUGAGAAUCAAUCUUCGCAGGGAGCCAUCUACAAUGUAUGCAGCCUUCAGGCUGACUUCCAGUAUGGGUUUUUCACAGUUACGUACAGCCUGGUGUUUAUAUUGGGCUUACCAGGCAAUAUCUUUGCCUUGUACUUCCUGACUCGGCGCCGGCAGAGGACCCGAAGCUCCAACAUCUAUUUCAUCAACCUGUCUGCGGUGGACUUCGUUUUCAUAUGCCUACUACCUUUUCGGAUUUAUUACCACAACACUGGAAACAACUGGGUGUUGGGUGAGGUAGCUUGCCGAAUUACGGGCACCCUUUUCUUUGCCAACAUCUACGUGAGCAUUGGCUUCUUUACCUGUAUAUGCCUGGACAGGUAUCUUGCGGUUGUUCACCCCUUAAUGUACCCACGACUCAAGCCUAGUUGUUACCCGUUAGUACUGACCAUUACCAUCUGGAUGGUCAGCAGUGCCAUUGUGCUGCCAUUAAUCUUGGGAGGUCCACUGGACAAUGUGUCGGAGAACAGCACCCAGACUGUAUGUUUCGAAGGCUUCUCCCCAACACUUUGGCAGGAUCGGCUUGUUGCCUACAACGUCUGUGCCUUGAUCUUCGGCUUUCUGGUACCUUUUACAGUUAUUGGAGUGGUCUUCCCUGUAAUGGCACGGAAAGUGUGCCUAAUCAAAUCAAGCAUGCAUCGGAAAGUGGCCAUGAGGAUUAUUGGAUUUGUUUUUAUCAUCUCCCUACUUUGCUUCCUGCCCUACCACGUCACCCAUCUCCUGCACUUCCUCAUGAGAAUGGACAUCAUUAAGACAUGUGCUGCCAGACAAAGCAUCUAUAAGGUACGGAGAAUUACUUUGGCCUUGGUAAGCCUCAACAGCUGCUUGAAUCCCAUUCUCUACGCAAUUCCAUACUUAAGCCGUGAAGUUAAAUUUCCAGCCUUACCUUUUGUCAGGAAGGAAUAUGUCAUUAGUGAUGUGAUCGCUAAGGACAGAACGCUCCCUGUGGUCAGUUCACCCACCCGUUUGCCAAACCACAAGCAGUCUAAUGUCACCAUCUUGGAUGCAAAGGUGGAGUGGUCAGUACUGUAA